AUGAUGGAUCUGGUUGCUGGUGUACGCAAGGAAGGUAGCCGCGGCGGCCGCAAUGAGUUCAAAUGGUCCGACGUCCAAAGUUCCGCUCACCGCGAGAACUACCUGGGCCACUCAGUGAUGGCCCCAGUCGGCAGAUGGCAACAAAAUCGUGAUCUUGGCUGGUAUGCCAAGGGAGACGAAGAGGAGGAAGAACGAAUCCGCAGAGAGCGAGAGGAACUUCAGCGUGUCAAAGAGGCUGAGGAGGAAGCAAUGGCCAUCGCUCUGGGCCUCCCGGUGCCCCCGAAAACAUCCGAAAAUGCCAACAUGGUUCCUUUAGGAGGUUCUGUCACCGACACAGACGUGAGCGAAGCCGAAGCCCGCGACGGGAAAGACGGCAUGACCGAGGUGAUGACCGUGCACGUGACCAGGACCGGAGGCACCGAAGACAUCAUGACGAUCGGGAGCGCCAUCAUCGCAGCCAUCGUCACAGAUCACGAUCUCGCGGUCGAGACCACUACAGACGACGAUCAGUUUCCCGUUCUAGAAGUAGACCCAGCCGCAAAGAUGAGGAGCAUCAGAAACGGCGACGCAUGGAGCGCAGCUACUCACCGGCUGAGCGUAGGCGACACCCCGAACGCAGACGAGACCGAGACGACCAUGACCGCCGUUGAGCUACAAAUCGGGAUAUGA